UCCUGCCAACCCAUCUGUCGUCGAUACCAUCACUUCACUUCAAUCACUCAAGAUGUCUUCAGCUGGCGAGCCUACCACCGAGAAGCUCUUCGCUUUCCCAGAGGAUCUCUCUCAACUCUCAGUCGACCAUGCUACGUUCUUGCGACUUCACCCAAAGUACCACCAAGUCGCGGUUGGCGCACUCGUGUUCCACAACGAUCGUCUACUCCUCGUCAAGCGAAGCGCUACCGAGAGAUCCUUCGCCAACUGCUGGGAGUUCCCGGGCGGAUCAGUCGAUCCUGAAGACAAGACCAUCUUUCACGCCGUCGCCCGCGAGCUCAUGGAAGAGGCCGGUCUCCGUGCCGUGUCCAUCCUCAACCAGGUUGGCGAGGGUGUUGAGUUUCAUUCGGGAUGGGGCAUGCGCAAGAAGAUGUGGCUGAAGCUGUCAUUCGAGGUUGAGGUGGCCGAGGGAAAGGAAAAGACAGAGAAGGACAUUCCUGUCAAGCUUGAUCCCAUCGAACAUCAGGCUUACCUGUGGGUCACCGAGGAUGACAUCAGACGCGGCGAAGUGGACGGGAUUCAGCUGCAGUUUGUUACGGCCGCGCAGACGGCUGUGAUGCUGGAGUGCUUCAGACAGAGGCGCGAAAGGGCCGGAUGAGCCGAUGAGCCGAUGAGCAUGGAGGCUACCUACGGAGGAUCAGGCUAGCGAUCAAGACAGGCGAUAGAUUUACCACGGGUACAAAGUGAUGAAUGAAAAGACA